AUGAAGCUGGUUAAAUUGCCCUGGUGGAAACACCGAGAGGAGUUACGGGAUUACGAGGUGUAUACAAUUGACGUUUCUCCAGAUGGCAAGAGGGUAGCAACGGGAGGACUAGAUGGGAAGAUCAAGAUUUGGUCCGUCGACACCAUACGAAAUAUUGCCAACGGCAAAAUCUCCAGUGGAAAUAAUUCAGGAGAUGAUGAUGAGAAGCCUCUUGCCAAUAUGGGCCGACACACAGGAUCUGUUACCUGCGUUAAAUUUUCUCCGGAUGGGAAGUACUUAGCCAGCGGUUCUGAUGAUAGAAUCCUGUUGAUAUGGACAUUGGACAAGGAUAGGGCAAGCCAGCCAGUAUUUGGUGCUGAGCAUGAUCAGGAGCAUUGGACCGUGAGGAAGAGAUUAGUGGCACACGAUAAUGAUAUUCAAGAUAUUGCCUGGGCACCUGAUUCUAGUAUACUCGUGACUGUCGGGCUCGAUAGGUCUGUUAUUAUUUGGAACGGAGCAACAUUUGAACGUUUGAAAAGGUUUGAUGUCCACCAAUCGCUGGUGAAGGGUGUUAUAUUUGACCCCGCUAACAAAUACUUUGCUACGGCUUCGGACGACAGAACAUUAAAGAUAUUUCGUUACCACAAAACCGGAGACACCUCUUUCACCAUUGAACAUAUUGUCCAUGAACCAUUCCUGGAGUCUCCUUUGACAACAUAUUUUAGAAGACUAUCAUGGUCUCCUGAUGGACAACACAUCGCUGCACCUAACGCAACUAACGGUCCUGUCACAUCUGUUGUUAUUGUGAACAGAGGGACAUGGGACGCAAAUAUUAGUUUAAUAGGUCAUGAUGCUCCCACAGAGGUUGCAAGAUUUAGUCCAAGAUUAUUCGAAGCCAGACGGGGCUAUAAAAUCGAGGGUGGUGGCACCACUGAUACCACCAAUGGGGCCGUAGACUCUGUUCUCGCUACUGCUGGCCAAGAUAAAACAUUGGCCAUUUGGAGUACGGGGAAGCCAAGACCUCUGUUUAUUGCGUACGAUAUUGCGAUCAAACCAAUAACUGAUAUGGCCUGGACGCCGAAGGGGGACAUACUAUUCGUUACUUCGCUGGAUUCCACAAUUACAGCACUAUGUUUUAACAAGAACGAAUUGGGAAUAAUGAUCCCACUCGAAAAGAAUAUCGAACAAUUGCAUAGAUACGGCACAGACAAAGAUUCAUUGGACUUCCCAGAAAGUGUAAAUCAAAUACUGUUAGAAGAGAAGGCAAAUAAACGAAAAAGGGAAAGAGUAGAAGAGUUAGAUGAAAGGUUUGUCCAACCGAAUGCAAAGAAUGAGAUUGCCAAACCGCAACUUGAAACUUCAACAAAAACCAGCCUAAAUAAAUCUCCUGCAUCAUUGAAAACAACAGAGACCAUUAAUAUUUUGAUACCGAAACGGAAGAAAGAUCUGGCAAAAAUGAACAAGACUACUAUGCAAAACGGUAAAAAGAGGGUAGCUCCUACACUAUUAUCGAUUACCCCUAGUAUACCGUCUGCAAAAAAGGAGAACUCUCCUAUCAAACCAAGUUCAAGUCCUGUGAACAACAUCUUACCUAAACCUACUGGUUCUAUACCGUUGAAAAAACCACAAUCCGCACAAAUUCCUAAAAAGUUGAUCAAAAAAUUGAGUAUGCCAUCUAUCGAUAUACCAAGGCUUGGUAUGCACACAUUAAUUAUGGGAACUAGAGAGGGUACCAAAGAGAGUCUCUUUGAAAUCCAGGAAAGUUCUUUUUCUGACGUGGAAACAAACCCAGGGGGAGUACAUCCCGAAGUUGCAGAGGAAGAAGAGGAGGUCGAGCAUCUUCUGACUUUAAACUCUAAGUUGACUGCAGAGAAGGUCUAUUCUGAAGAACCAAACACACGAUAUCUGCAAAAUCCUGGCGUAAUACCAGACACAGAUGUUGUACUCACACAGUGCGGGUCCCUCAAAAACUUUAACACGCUCGAGAUACGAAAUGGUGUUGAGCGUGCAAUACAACUAGAUUAUACAGCUCUGCUGGAGAACCCGACUAGAAUACUGGGUUAUUGCAUGGGUAAAAGGACAAUUGAACUGUUUUUCCCAGAAGUGGUUAUCUGUGUGUCUGGAUCCAUAAGCUGUUCGUGUUGGUGUCUGGCGACCGCAGUAGGGUCUAUCUACCUAAUCUCGCAUAAUGGCCAGCUCAAAUACCCUCGAAUCAGCCUUGGUCAUAAAGUGAUUAAAAUGAUCACACAAGAUUCCUACCUAAUUGCCAUUACGGAGCGAGGACUGAUCUUUUCUUGGGACAUCAAGAAGUUCAAAUCAAUUCACAAGAACGUUCCUAUUCUUUCUAUCCUGAACAACGAGCCGGUGCAGGGACAUCGGGUGAGAAUUAACAAAAGCAUCACAAAUUGCAGCAUAGACCGCGAUGCGGACCAGUCGCUGAUUAUCCAUAUGACAAACCCAGUUAGUAAGUACGCAUGGCGCUCGUCUUUGGGGUGUUGGACAGAGCUUAACUGA